UCCAAGCAGACCUCGGGAGACGUUGUUAUUAAUUGUUGGUGGUGGAGUUGGUAGAUAGUAGGUAGAUACCAGGGAGGGAGGGAGGGAAUCAUACCGAUUAGCACAAUUAGGUAACUAGGUAGACUUCGGCAUGUCACUUGACGGAAUAAUAAGAUGAUGAGAUGAGGAUGAGGAUGAGGAUGAGGAUGUGGAUGUGGAUGUGAAUGAGUCUUUUGAUUUCCUUUCAUUCCAUAUGCAUCCAAGCCAAGUUCAAGGACAAACAAAUUCAAGACACCAUAAUCAAGUACCAUUUCAAGAUCAAGUACCGGUAUAAGAACAUAAGAACAAGCACAACUAUAAUAACUACUCCAUCAUCCCGUCAACUUUUCCACCUUGCCAAGUAAACUUCCUCAUGCUAUUCAUCUUGGCAAAAGCUUGAAUCAGUCCAUCCGGCACGAUACCCUACGAGACCGUACGAGAAGUUCUUAUUGUCACUUAUGGUCACUUAUUGUCACUUCUUGACCUUCUUCCUCGAACUUAAAUAUCUCAAAUAACAUUAGCAAUAUCCCUCCCUCCCUCCGUCCAUCAGACUCCUUCACAAAUACCGCUGCUACCCGUGCGUCAAACUUUCCAUUGUUGACUCGCGCCCAUUAUACGCAUUCACCUUGUCUCGACGAAAUUAAUCCAAUUAAAAGGCUUAGUUCUAUCCCGUUUUGGCGCCUCAUCGUGAUAAUCCUUUCUUUUUUCUCUGUCUUCAAUUGGUCACCUUGAGGGUAUUAGAAUUAUCUCCCGUCCUUUUGACUCCCCUCCUUCCGUAUCGCAUUUUCUUGUCAUACAAAGCUUGGCUGUCAGCUCAUUCCACCACUACAAUCAUAAUACUCUUCUUUGCGCAAUAAUACAUCCUACCCUCUCUCUGCAGAAUAUCUGAAACUCUCUUGGAGAGUAUCAAGAGAGAUGUCGGAAAAAGUCGAUCGUCAAGCACUCGGCGACACGUCAAAUGGUGCAAAUUACCCAGCGCAAGAGAGUCUAUCGCAAGUAAAUCCAGCGCAAGAGAAUCCAGCUGCCCAAGUGACUCCGGCGCAAAAUGGUACACAGCAAAAUGGCGACGCUGAGAAACAACACCAAGGCCAAUUGCAAUCGGCAAAGGAAAAGGUUACCUCAAAACAGCAGAAGUUGAAAGAUAAGGCCAAUCCUCCUGGCGGUUUCGAUGCGACGCCAAUUCCCCAUGCGCGAGAUGGGUAUACUGUAAGAUUUACCUUUCACAGAGCUGAGAAUCUUCCCGCCUCGGAUCUCAACUCUCGCUCCUCCGACCCUUUCCUUACAGCAACUCUGACAUCCUCGCUAUUAAAACGACACAAGGAAGAUCCAGAUCUCGUUUUGCGAACUCAAACAAUACACAAAAAUACAAAUCCAGAAUGGAAUAAGACUUGGACGGUCGCUGGUAUUCCUGGAAGUGGCUUCCGUCUGAAAUGCCGUUUGUAUGACGAAGACCCGGCAGAUCAUGACGAUCGAUUGGGAAAUGUUACAAUACAUGUGGAGUCAUUGGGCCCAAGUUGGCAAGGUUUCAAAGAGAGAGGAUUUGAUAUCAAAAAGAGAAUGGGUAGCAAGAGAGCAUAUGGAGUACGAGCUUGCGCUGCUGUGUUCGAUAGCAAUGUUCACAUGGAUGGUACACUAUAUGUCAGCGCGGAAUGCUUGGGACCAUCCGAGCAGCCCUAUGGCAGAAUGUACACUGUCGCGGAAACAUAUUUCUUCAAGCAUUAUUCGCCUAUGAUUGGAAGAUUGGCUGGUACUAAAGCACCUGGAAGCGCAUCGGGAGACAAGCCACAGACUGAGAAAUACGAUUUCCAAGCAAAUCAGAUACAACUUCAAGGUCCAGUGCCUGCGGAAUUAUACCAUCGCUUUGUCGAAUUUAAGCCUUUCGUAAAAGGAAUGUUCUCAAAAGCAGGUCUACGAGGACGAGUCUUGAAUAAAGCUCUCCAUCACCAACACGCCCGGGUAUAUAAUUUUAGUAACAGUACAGAAUAUGGAGUAUUCAAAGCCCGGUCACAUGAAGCCGCAUUGCAAUUUCUCAAAAUGGUACACUUUGAUGAAGGCGCAAGGAUAUUCACCUAUGUACUCUCACUCGAUGGACUUCUUCGAUUUACCGAAACAGGCAAGGAGUUCGGUGUUGACCUUUUGUCAAAACAUACCAUGCACAGCGAUGUAAAUAUUUAUAUAGCGUGUUCUGGAGAAUUCUUCAUUCGUCGACUAAAACACCCACGUCGAUCAGCUGAUGAUCCCAGCCAAUCUACUCACCCAAUUGAAGAGCUUCCAGGAGGACCACCCCACGAUGCACCUCCCAAAGACCCCAGCCAUUACGAACUUGUGAUCGACAAUGACAGCGGCACUUACCGACCAAAGGGCUCCCUACUUCCCCUCCUCAAGAAAUUUCUCAAUGAGAAUCUUCCCGGUCUUCACAUCGUCACGAAAGAAUGCACCGACGAUCAUCUUACGAAGAUGAAAGAAGGACAACGAGAACGUAAGAAGAAGGAAGGAAAUGAAAUUAAUAUGGUGCAGAAUUCAGAUGAUGAGAUCAGUAGUAGUGACGAGGAAGAUUUGAACGAUUUGGUGGGCUCAGGACGUAAGAGUAAGAGGGAGAGACUGGUUGCUGGUCUUGAAGAUCCCAGCCAGGCAGUGAAGGACCUGAAGAAGGACUAUGUACCAGGGAAGUCAAAGGCCCAGAGAGACGAAAAUGGAAAUCCUCCUGAGACAGCGUGAUGGCGGGGACUGUGAAUGUACAGUUUCGCUGACGGCUAUGAUCGAAGACAAAACCUAUCUACAAUACUCACAUAGUCAACCACGACUGGGCCCUCUUGCGACAGGGACUCAUGUGAGGGUUAAGGGGGCGAAGAGAAAGAAGUUAAUGGAUACCACCACACUGGGUGCGAGUCGACGAGUGAUAUUCUCCCUCACGAUCACAUCAUAACUUAAUAACGCUUUUCUUUUGUUUGUUUGUUUGUUUUUACGCGAAGUCCCUUUUUUGAUACCCUCUACUAGGGCCUAUUUGUCUGUUCUGUUUCCAUAAUCAUCCCCUUCAUUAGGCCAGGGUGGGAUAAUAGGGUGGGAGGAACGGAAGAGAUUGGAGUUGCCCAUGGAAGAUGUUUUUUGCUCUCUUGAUUUGCUCUGCUCUGCUUUUUGUUGCAUUGCUUUGCGUAAAGGAUCGUAUAGCAUAGUAUCGCAUUGUUAGUAUAGUAUCGUAUAGUCAAUACGGAGAUUUUUUAGUAGUAGUUUCAAGUAUCUAUGUUAUGUUAUGUUAUGUUAUGUUAUGUUAUGUUAU